UCGUCUUGUCCGCCUAUGGAUGAUUUUUUAUCUGUGGGUCAUUCAAAAUCUGAAAUUCGUACUUGAUAAAGGACAAGCCCAAGCCGACUCUCGCUCUCAUUUUCAAGUCUCUAUCUUCCACUCGCACAUCGCCAGCGGACUGUAAAGACAAGAUCAAUAUGACGGACAAAGAAGCGAUCGACUCGAAUCUCCCGGGCACGCCCGAUGUCGUGGAUCAACCGAAAAGCGACUAUCCAGAAGGAGGUCUUCAGGCGUGGCUAGUCGUGCUUGGAUCAUGGUGCGCAAUGAUCCCAUCCAUGGGCUUGUUGAACAGUCUGGGUGUAUUGCACGCUUGGACGAGUAACCAUCAGUUGAAGGGCUACUCGGAGUCAAGCAUCGGCUGGAUCUAUGGUGCAUAUGGAUUCUUCCUUUAUAUCGGAGCAGCUCAAGUUGGUCCGAUAUUUGACGCGUAUGGGCCGAAUUAUGUGGUCAUCCCCGGGUCGAUUGGGAUAGUGGUUUCGCUCAUAUGUUUCAGUUUCAGCACUGAAUAUUACCAGAUCUUCCUAUCGUUCAGCGUUCUCGGUGGUCUCUCAGCCUGUGCCCUCUUCACUCCAGCUGUAUCGGUAGUUGGCCACUGGUUCAAUAUUUGUCGAGGCCUUGCCACGGGAAUCGCAUGCACAGCCGGAGGUCUGGGGGGUGUGAUUUUCUCGGUCAUCAUUCUCUUUGCUGCCCCGAAGAUAGGCUUCGCAUGGGCGAUUCGCAUCAUCGCACUGCUGAGUCUUAUUCUCUGCGGGAUAGCAUGUCUUCUUGUCAAAACGCGACUACCUCUGAACAAAACGGCGGGCGGAUCGGUCGACUUUAAAUCAUUAAGAGAUGUUCAAUACGCGGCCACGACAGCCGCCGUGUUUCUCGUUGAAUUCGCCGUCUUCAUCCCUAUUACCUAUAUUGCCUCGUAUGCUGUGCAUGUCGGAGUGAAUGAUACACUCGCAUAUGCCUUGAUCGCAUUCCUCAAUCUUGGCGCUGUCCCUGGCCGCUUCCUCCCUGGCUUACUCGCCGACAAACUCGGGCGCUUCAACGUCAUGAUCAUCACGGCACUCGUGUGUUCCAUUUUAACACUUGCACUCUGGCUCAAAGCUGGAAAUAAUUUAGCAGCUAUUAUCUGCUACUCCGUCCUCUUCGGUUUCUGGAGUGGUGCCGCUAUCAGCCUAACGCCUGUGUGUAUCUCGCAGGUAUGCGCGACCGAGGAUUAUGGGAAGAGGAAUGGAACGACUUUCACGAUUGUGAGUAUUGGGACACUUACCGGUAUCCCGAUAGCAGGAGCAAUUCAACAAAGAGAUAACGGGGAGUACGGGGGACUCAUUAUCUUUGGUGGUGUGUUGUAUCUGGCGGCCACGGUUGCUUUUGUGUUAGCAAGGGGUGUUUGUCGGGGGUGGUCGUUGAAAACUGUUUUCUAGUGCAUUACAUAGAGGAUUUACUGAUAGACCUGAGUAUUAUAACUAUUGAUAUCUUGAAGGUUGAAGGAUAUACGACUUGAAUAGACUUUGUGUGGUAUAGAGAAGCGCAAGAGUUAACCAUCAUACAGCGUCACCCGCCCUUUCCAAGGCUGAUCUGGGCAUAAGACAUUAAUC